AUGGAGAUCAGCCCGGUGGAGAUCUUCAAGGAGGACAGGUGUCCCUCGGAGGAGUGCCUCCCCAACUCCACGCGGCUGCCCGCGCUCGCAGACAUCAUGUACAACGUGUCGGCCAACGGCACGUGGACCGGCGAGCCCAUGUCGCCCAUCUUCCCCGUGCUCACGGCCGUCUACUCGGUGGUCUUCGUGGUGGGCUUGUCGGGCAACUGCCUGGUCAUGUACGUGAUCAUCAGAUAUACAAAGAUGAAGACAGCCACCAACAUCUAUAUCUUCAACCUGGCUCUAGCAGACGCCCUGGUCACCACCACCAUGCCUUUCCAGAGCACGGACUACCUGCUUAACUCGUGGCCAUUCGGGGACGUGGUCUGCAAGGUGUUCAUCUCCAUCGACUACUACAACAUGUUCACCAGUAUCUUCACCCUGACCAUGAUGAGCGUGGACCGCUACAUUGCUGUGUGCCACCCGGUCAAGGCACUCGACUUCCGCACGCCCCUCAAGGCCAAGAUCAUCAACGUCUGCAUCUGGAUUCUGUCAUCGGCAGCUGGAAUUCCUGCGCUAGUCCUUGGCAGCACCGAGACAAACAAUGGGACCACGGAGUGCGCCUUGCAGUUCCCUGAGCCGUACGUCUAUUGGGACACAUUGAUGAAGGUUUGCGUGUUCAUCUUCGCCUUCAUUGUGCCCGUCCUCAUCAUCACUGUGUGCUACUCCCUGAUGAUCCUGCGACUGAAGAGCGUACGCCUGUUGUCAGGCUCACGCGAGAAGGACCGCAACCUGCGGCGCAUUACCAAGCUGGUCCUGGUAGUGGUAGCCGUGUUCGUCGUGUGCUGGACACCCAUCCACAUCUUCAUCCUGGUCAAAGUGCUCACAGAUGUGCCCAACACCACAGGCAUCACGGCGGCUUACUUCUUCUGCGUAGCCCUAGGCUACACCAACAGCAGCCUCAACCCUAUUUUGUAUGCCUUCCUGGAUGAGAACUUCAAGCGCUGCUUCAAGGAUUUCUGCAUGCCUCGGAAGCUGAAGACAGACAGGACCAGCACCAGCCGGACCAGGAGCACCCUCCGAGAGCUCGCACACCCCCAGCAGAAUCUGGAUGGAACCGGCAAGCCCGUAUGA